CCUGCCCAAAUGCUGCGGGAUUGCGCUUGCCCCGUGCUGGGGCUGCUAAGGUGCAGGAAGGCUGUGGGGUAGGGAACAGCCUCAUCCUGCACCUCUGCCAGCAAUGGCCCUGGCUGCCGGCCAGGAGUGACCCCGACUCCAGCAUGGAGUGAUCCUGCCCACACUGUUCCCACAGAGGGCCAGGCCCUGGCACUGGUUGGCAUCCCUGACACCAGGUCAGGGCCCUGCUGCUGAGCGUGGCCCCCCCAGCAGCCCUUUGUAGGGUCAGCUGCUGUCUGGGAGGUGCUGGGUGCCCUCAGGGGCUCAGCGUCAUGGGGCACUUACUUGGUAGGAGCUCACUGCCCUGGUGCUGAGCCCAGGUGUGAUCCUGGUGGCAGCAUGGCCAUGCCCCUGUGACAUUUGCCCUCCUUUUGCGUUUUUUUCUCUUGAAACGUGACAGCAAAGGUCGGCACAGGCCAGCAGGGAGGGCUGUGUUUGCGGAAUAGAGCACGUUACUGACCCUCCGCAACUUCCUGGCACCAGGAAGUUCCUACCUUAAAAAAAGUAAUAAAUAAAACACUUUGUCCCCAAAGGCCUCAAAGGAAGGAGAGGAGUGGGGCAAUGCCCCGAAGCACCCGCCCCAGAGGCGGUGUGGCCGGGAGGGACCCCUCCUUGGAGGGAAGCCCCAGCACCCUGCCCCGCCACGGCUGCAGCGUAGCUUUCCUGGAAGGUGGCCUUUGAAACCGUGCCGGCAUUUCCUCCAAGAUGCUGUGGGGGAAAGUCCCCGCAGUGCCGUUCCCAGGGCCGGGGCCAUUUCCAGGGCCUGCUGCCUCCAUAAAACGCGGGGAGGGCGGCAGCAGGCAGCAGCAGGCAGGGGCAGACAGGCACCUCACAGCAUGGGCAACUGGCUGGUCAACCACUGGUUCUCGGCCGCCGUCCUCGCAGCCUGGCUGGGCAUCAACGUCUUCCUCUUCACGUACUACUUUCUGUUCUUCGACCAGGAUGAGCGGUACUUCUACACCAGGGCCAUCCUUGGGUCUGCCUUGGCGUGGGCCCGGGCAUCGGCCAAGUGCCUCAACUUCAACAGCAUGCUGAUCCUGCUGCCCGUCUGCCGCAACCUGCUCUCCUUCCUCCGUGGGACCUGCUCGUGCUGCAGGCGAACGCUGCGGAAGCAGCUCGACCACAACCUCACCUUCCACAAGCUGGUGGCCUAUGCGCUGGCCCUGUUCACAGCCGUGCACACCAUCGCCCACCUCUUCAACCUGGAGCGCUACAACGACAGCCAGCAAGCCACCGACGGCAGCCUUGCUGCCAUCCUCUCCAAGAUGCACCUGAACAACAACAAGUGGCUGAACCCCAUCCACUCCAACCAGACAACCGUGGAGUACGUGGCCUUCACCACCAUCCCGGGGCUGACCGGGGUCAUCAUCACGCUGGCGCUCAUCCUCAUGGUCACGUCCUCCACCGAGUUCAUCCGGAGGAACUACUUUGAGGUUUUCUGGUACACACACCACCUCUUCUUCAUCUACUUUGUUGGCCUCGUCAUCCACGGCAUUGCCGGGCUGGUGCGCGGGCAGACGGAGGACAGCAUGGAGGAGGUGCACCCACGGCACUGUGCCGAGUACCUGGUAGAGAAGCACGAGGAGUGCAGGCACGUCUGCUGCAAAAACCCCGAGUUCAGCAGCAUCCCUGCAGAGUCCUGGAAAUGGGUUCUGGCUCCAGUCAUCCUCUACAUAUUUGAACGGAUCCUGCGGGUCUGGCGUGCGCGGCAGAAGGUGCUCGUCACCAAGGUGAUCAUGCACCCUGCCAAAGUGCUGGAGCUGCAGAUGCAGAAGAAGGGCUUCCGCAUGGAGGUGGGGCAGUACAUCUUCGUCAACUGCCCCGCCAUCUCCCUCCUGGAGUGGCACCCCUUCACCCUCACCUCGGCGCCCGAGGAGGAUUUCUUCUCCAUCCACAUCCGGGCAGCGGGGGACUGGACAGAGCGCAUCAUUGACACCUUCCAGCAGCAGAAGCCGGAGAUGCCCAGGAUUGAGGUGGACGGCCCCUUUGGCACGGCCAGCGAAGACGUGUUCCAGUACGAGGUGGCCAUGCUGGUGGGAGCAGGCAUCGGUGUCACCCCCUUCGCCUCCAUCCUGAAGUCCAUCUGGUACAAGUUCCAGCAGGCUGACCAGACCCUCAAGACCAAGAAGAUCUACUUCUACUGGCUCUGCCGGGACACGGGUGCCUUCGCCUGGUUCAACGACCUGCUCGCCUCGCUGGAGCAGAAGAUGGCCGAGUCGGGCAAGGCAGACUUCCUCACCUACCGGCUCUUCCUCACCGGCUGGGACACCAGCAUCGCCAACAACGCGGCGCUCCACCACGACACUGCCACGGACACGGUGACGGGCCUGAGACACAAAACCAUCUACGGGCGGCCCAUGUGGAACGCCGAGUUUUCAGCAGUGGCCACAGCACACCCCAGGUCGGUGGUCGGUGUCUUCCUGUGCGGGCCGGGGGCGUUGGCAAAGGACCUGCAGAGAUCUUGUCAGCAGCACUCCAGCCUGGACCCCAGAAAGGUCAAAUUCUACUUCAACAAGGAGAACUUCUAAGUGGAGCUGGGCUGGGACCGCAGCCAUUGGAGAACAGACAGCCUGCUGCUCUUGCAUCUUUUUGGAGCGAGUCUGCCUGACCGGGGACGAGCAUCAGCUGAAAAACACACGCACUGAAACCAGGCAAGACAGCAAGGUCCUCCCUCACAAGGAGAAACUCCAGGUUCCAGGACUGCUGCCUUCUUGACCCAACCUACAAAGGGUUCCUGUGAGGGGAACGAGCCCAGCGCACAGCACAGCCCACGAGGAAACCAGAGACACGUUGUGAUGGUGGCACUGGGGCAGCACAAAGGCUCACACACCAGCCAGAGGCAGGGGGAGUGCCCAGCGGGCUGGGCAGAGCGGGUGGGAGAUGGACACGCCAAGCAGGCACCGGGGAUUACACCUGCCCCUCGGGGUUUAAACAGUCCUUUCCCUACACUGGUAAAUUAAACUUGCUUUUCCUUUGCAGUAAAA